AUGGGGCUCAGUGCAACAGGAUCAUAUACUUUGGCUUCGGAUAGUCGUAAACGAUCACCUGCUGGAAGCAGUUACAACGUGAGUACAGGGCGACAUGUAUGUCAGGCCUGUGGGAAAUCGUAUUCAUCGGAAUGGAAUUUAGAAAGGCACCAACGAGAAAGUUGUCCAUAUCAGGCAAAACGAUACAAAACUGUGGAUGAGAGAAACAUUGACAGGUAG